AUGUCUCCAGAUAACGACCGUAAUUGUGAGGGAACUUCAAGAGAUGAAUACUAUACUUGUGAGGAAUAUCGCAACCGUAAUCAUGAGGACAGAAGAUAUGAUUACUGCCUUCGUGGUUCUGAUAGAGAUUACAGUCGCCUUGGUCCUGAUCCUUCCUUCGAAACAUAUUAUGGACGUGGUAGACCUCCUCAUAGCCGGGAGCGGUAUCGUGACGAUGAUUUUUACGAAAACGCUCCAAAAUACGAUGCUCCAGGAUAUUCAGCUGACGUUAGUGACAGCAGGGUCAAUGAUUUCUACCACAGAUCUCAAGACCUCUCAAAUGGAGCUCGACGCUAUCGUGGAGUACCCCCAAAUAAUCGACGUAAUUACUAUGAAGACUCAAAAGACGUUCCCUAUGUACAAAAUGAGCGUGAUGACGACUUCAGCGAGGCCAGUGAGAAUCACAGGGAAGGAGACGAGAUGCUUUUGCAGCAUGGUAAGCCAUUUAUUGACUUACAGCCUUAA